CAUACACGCACACACACGCUGUACGCACGCGCACAGGCAGUGCAGUUGUGAGAGGAUGCUCCCGCAGCCCACUUCCCAACUUUGACGUCCAUGUCGUGUGUGUUGCGAUCGGAGCAGGGAUUGUUCUUACUUGUUCGAUUGUAAAGUGAAACUCUUGGCAGGAUGUUUUACUUCCACUGUCCUCCGCAACUCGACGCCGAGUGCUGUCGCUCCAAUACACUGAAUUCGAGCACUUUUGCAAACCACGCCCCAGCUGACUUUGACGAUGGCUUCCUUCGUAGGAAACAGCGGAGGAACAGGACCACGUUCACUUUGCAACAGCUGGAAGCCUUGGAGGCGGUCUUUGCCCAGACUCACUACCCGGACGUGUUCACGCGCGAGGAGCUGGCCAUGAAGAUCAACCUGACCGAGGCCAGGGUGCAGGUUUGGUUUCAAAACCGGCGGGCCAAGUGGAGGAAGACAGAACGAGGCAGCACGGACUCAGAAGGAGGCAAAGAGCAGCUGAGUGAGGCCGCUACUCCGGCGCGCGGCAUCAACUCUCAGUCGCCGGUGGAGCCCAGCAGGAAGCACAAAGAACCGCUGGACAUGCAGCAGAGUAUGAACAGGCCGGUGGGUCCCGGUGGUCCCUUCUUUCCAUCGUGUCUACCAGGGACCCUCCUCAACUCCGCCACUUAUGCUCAGGCGCUCUCUCAGGUCGCCACUUUGAAAGGUAACGCUUUGUGUUCCUGCUGCGUUUCGGACCCCAUGGGCUUGUCCUUCCUGCCUCCCUACGGUUGCCAGGGCAACCGGACAGCCAGCGUGGCCGCCCUCCGCAUGAAGGCCCGCGAGCACUCCGAGGCCGUGCUGCAGUCGGCCAACCUGCUCGGCAGCGCCGCCGCCGCCGCCUCGGCGUCCGGUGCGGGCAUGGUGAGGCCCCCCGCGGGCGCUCCGGGGCAGGCGGAAGCAGGCGGGACGAGAGGCGGGGACACCUCCAGCCCCAACCUGACCCCGAAGGUGAUGGGGAGCACCCCGGAGAAGCACCCUCAUUGCUCCAACAAGGACGGCGUGGAGAAGAAGUGAGCAUGUGGACAACACCCGAGUGACAGCUGAGGGCUCGUCGAAGCGCAGCAAUGGAGCGUGCACGAGAUCAAACUAUUUAUUGGACUCUUUUGAAGAAUUCAUAUUACUGUUUGUGACAAACAUACGAGGGAACUUGUUGACCUCACAAAUGCACACACAUUGGGAUCCGUUUUGCUGCACUCUUUGAUGGACCGAUGCAGUUAAGUCCGAGAUGAUUCAAACGCUGGACACAUUUUGAGGUAAAGUGUUGAAAUGGGCUUGUAAAUGACAUCCGAUUGUUACAAUGAUGAUUAUUAUUCAUACCCUUUCUCUCGUUGCAUGCGCAUUCAGUGUUCGAAAUGUAGAGUGGAAUAGAAUAUUCUCCGUUACGUUCGGUUUUACCAAAAUCGAUAGCAUUCGGGAUAUGAUUAAUUUUUAGAAAAACAAAAGCUACUAUUUUUCAUUGACAUUUCAAGCACAAUUAGCUGCACCAUUUCAUGUUUCCGGAUUCAUUUCUGGAAUAAUCUACAGAAAGGAUUUUCAACUACUGGUUUGGGAAACAAAACGUUUUUGCGGACAGCCGUUAGACGACCUGAAAUAUUAUUUGAGUCACUUUGAGACUAUAAUCUUCAUUUCAUAUUUUUUGAAUUGACUCAUUGAAUUCUUUAUCAGUAUUUAUUUGUACGUGGACUUUCAAGCUACAUUUGCUGGGUUUUACUUUGGCAGGAAGCCCUGAGCGAGAACAUUAUUAACACCUAAACACUCCUUAUGCAGCUAUUGACAAAGUGCAUUUUGGUAGAAUUAGGAAAAAAAAAUCAUCUUACAGCCUUUUACCACUUUCUGGUAUCUUUCCCAGCUAAAAUAUAAAUAGCCAAUAUCUAAUUGAUUGAAUAAAAAUGUAUACGUGUAUGAAUCAUUUGGGGCUUAACUGUACAGUAGAUAUAAAAAGUCUACACCCCCAUGUUCAAAUGCCAUUUGUUUUUCCAAAAAAAAAAAAAAAGAGACCAGGAUAAAUCUUUUCAGAAUUCUUUCCACCAUUAAUGUGCAUGACCUGUACGACUCAAAUUAUUAUUAUUUUUUUUGGAGAGCAGUAAAAAUAAAGGACUUGGAGAAUGUGGUUGCACAAGUGUGCGCACCCUCUUCGAACUGGGAAUGUGGUUGUGUUUAGACAUUAAAGGAGUCAAGCAAGUCAAGUCAAUAAGGGGGUCAAGCAAGGGAGUCAGAACACACCUGCCACCAUUUCGGUUGCCUCUGAUGAACCCACGUGAAGUCCAGACGUCCUCGCGGGUGUUUCCGGAAAAUGUUGACGCUUUCUAGUGGAAGCCUGAAGGUUUUGUGCAAAUACGAAUUGUUAUUUGGAACUGCUCAUAAUUCAUUUCACUUUGACUAAAGAUCCUUGGUCCAGCUGAAGAAAAAGUGAGCUGUCUCUCAUUUGAGUUUGAAUUGAAUUCUGAACACAACCACAGCGAUAGUUAAGAGGGAGUGUACACAACAACCGAGUCAGUCGUUCAUAUGACUUUGCGCUCAAAGAUUUCCUUUUUAAAAUUAACUUAAGCAGAGGUUAUAUUUCAAGUUGCAUCAAUGGUGAACAAACAUUUUGAAACCAUUUAUCUUGUCUGCUUUUUUUUAAUGUCACAAAAACCUGGCAUUCAAACAGGGGUGUGUAGACUUUUUAUAGUCACCCCAUGUGUUACUUCCAGGAAUAGCCAAUGGAUAAUGUGAAUAUGCCACUUCAGUGGGCUCAUGCUUACUUAUUGUAAAUGUCGAUGCAUGUAAAGAGUAACUUAACGGCAGCGCUUUUGCUGCCUUUUUGUGUGUGUGUGUGUGUGUGUGUGUGUGUGUGUGUGUGUGUGUGUGUUUCCACAAAUCAAUCAUCGUUGAUCUUGAAGUGAACGUGCACUUUAAUCAAAGACAGUAAUAUCCAAUCAGCCGUCAUCAGCGGAACUGUGUCCACGUGCCAGUCGAGGGGAAGUGAAAAGCAGCCCGGGUGUCUCUCUCUUUUGUUAGCGCGAUGACCGACAGACAGCCAACACAGCUCGGCUGCUGUUGUGACAUGUUCUUUAAAACAAUUUAACAUGUAGGCGCUCAUGUUGCUCUCACUGCAGCCAUCUGUUCUUAUCCAUUAUUUAGCAGCUCAUCUUGAAAGCCCGCAGAGCAUCGCACCCGAUGUUUAUCAUUCAUUUACUUGGAGGAAUCUUCUUCUUGCCUCUUAAUAAAGCCCAUUAAAUGUGAUCAUCUCAGCGUAUUCGUGGUCCACUUGAACAAGAUGACCUCACAUAACAGCCGAUGUCUACUGUAUUAAUUAUUGUGAUUAUUUGAUCACUUCCUCCCUCCCCGUGAUGGAACAGAUCCCCAUCCUGGAGGAUUUUCAGGAAAUGACUUUUGAUAAGUCAAUAACACAAUUAAGUCAACUGCACACACAUUAUCGUGAAUAAUUGAUGACAAAUUAUGUAUUACCGUGAAGUAGAGCUUCAAUAAUUGAUGAAGUGACACCCUGCUGAGACAAGGGGAAGAGAGCUCACGUCAGAAGUGUUGUCACAUUGUACAUGGCGACGGCGCAUCUGUGUGCAGGUUUCAAAUGCAUAGACCAAUCAAGCCGGUCGGUGGAUCGUCUCUAAUUGCUUUUCUUU